CGGACGAGUUUCAAAGCGACCAGAGAAGAUCAGAGUUAUAAAGAGUUAAACAGAGUUAUAAAGGUUCACAGGGAAGCUGAAAACCUCCACUUGCCACGUUCAGAGCUUUCAUUCGCUCCCCACCAUGAAGACCUCCAGGCCAGCUCUGCAGACCACUACCCAAGAGGAGUGUGGGGUUUGGCUGGACACUGUGCAACUCAAAGGAAAAGCCAAACAGAAACGUCUCACCCGACGUCCCAUUUCUAAACUGCUGAACCCCUUUGCUGAAGGUAGUGGAUAUAGUUUGGCUGUGGCUCUCAACUUCACCCAGACUAAAAUGGAAAUGCCCAAAACCAAGCAGAGCUCCAUAUCAGCCUUCUUCACACGUCAACCCAUAGUUCCCAAUGAGAAGUCGACUUCUGAGGAACCAAACAUGGAUCCGGUGCAGAUCUUCUCCUCAGCAUCAACCUCAACUACUCCUGUUGUAUCAGGGACGAAACGAAAACGAGGAACACAUCUUGUAAACUCUGAGCCUGGUGUGGAUCAGGGAUGGGAAAGUGAAAAUGUGACCGAGCCGCAGGCAACACUGUGGCUGGAGCAAGAUAAAACACCUCAGAACUUGAACUGUCAGUCUGAGGAAGAGCAGCCUGAGGAGUUGAACCCACCUCAGAGUAAGAGGAGGUUCACUGACACCUCCUCAUUACCAGAGGACAGUCAGCCUCUCCCACAGGCAUGGAGUCAGGACCCACUGCUCACCUUCAGCCAAUACUCUGACAGUGAAUCUAACCUGUCUAAUCGGACAAAUACAACAGGAGAGAAUGUUGAUGACUGUUUCCUAAACAGUCUUCAAAGUGAGGACGACUCUGGAUUUCGGAUGGAUCUGAAGGGGAAAACCUCCACUCAAAAAUCCUUGAAAUAUUUAUACUCUUCUCAGUUGGAGGAUGAGAAAGAAAACAGCAGGUAUUUGUUUUCUAAGUCCCCAUGUAAGCGCUCACCUUUCUCUCAGAUUGACCCUGUUUCAAAUAAUGAAUGGACGGAACCAAAAACUGCAUCACCUCAAAAACACAUCAAAGAUCAACUGUGGAAUAAAGCUGAGGAUGAUGAGAGCAGCAUCUCACAGUUCAAGUGGACAAAACCAAGAAGUGCACCCUUUAAAAAACCAGCAGAAAAGCAGCAAAGCAGAGAAGCUGAUGAGGACAGUCUGGCCAUGUUGUUUACCCAGGACUCUGAGGGCUUCAGGGUGAUAGCACAUAGAGGUCUGCAAGUCAGGAGUCCGCUCAAAGAUCCGAGUAACUUCAGCACUGGGGUUGUGAGAACUAGUUCUUACAAGUUUUUGGCGGAGGAGGACCAGGAAGAUGAGAUGCUCUUUACUCAAGACUCUCAGGGAAAUAGGGUGAUUAAACACUGAUGACAGCAUUUGAAACACCAGGAGUCUUACUGUAUGUGGAUAUAAUACUUUCAAAAAGACUUUUCAUAUUUGUUCCAUCUCCAAUGUGUAAAACAAGAACAUCUGAAAGUUUCGAGACGGUUCUCUCUGAUUCUCCUCUCAUUUCAUCUUUAGAUCUUUUGUAUUUCCUGUAAGUUUCCCCCUGUUUAUCAUGUUGAAAUUGGUUUCUGCGGUACUAUGUGUAUUUUAUUUUUUGGUCUCUAUGACACUGAGAUGUCCCACAAGGUGCAACUUCUUUUAGCAAUUAAAAAAUACAAUCUCGAGAAAUUGCGGUGGCACUGCUGACUUGAAGACCUUGAAGAAAUUAAAUACAAUUAAUAUUUAUUUUAUUUGGUCAUUAUAAUUAUAUUCAUUCUUGAGUUAUGGAAUGUGCGCAGUAAGGUAAAAAUGUUAUAUGUUGUAGCGUGUAGAAAAAUCAACGAAUCAUCAAUGGCAGAAUAAUGAGAAACUGUAAUGAUAAAGAAAAUGGAAGCGGGUAGAAGAACAUCCAAUCAAUAACAUAAACAAGCCAGAAGUGGGAGUUUUGAUUUUAUUUGAAAAAUGAUCCACAAUUACAUCAAAUCGUCUCCAUGUAAAUUAAACAUUUUGAGAAUCACUAGUGGUGGACAUCUUCCCUAUGCUGACGCCAUAUACUACGUCUUAGUACAAAAUAGAGUGGUGCACACAGAUUAUAAUAAAGUGUAAACGCUACUGUCUGUAUUUUAAAGGCACACAAGAAAUUAGAAGCUUAUUACUUGUUUUUUAAUUUGU